AUGGACACGCCAAGAUCGUCCUCCCGACAGCAGCCAUCAAGACUCGUCCCAAUUGCCCCAGCGCGCAUACUGUCAGCGUCAAGCCAGCAGACCGGCAGUCAUGCUGUCUCUCUCAUGCCAUUCACCUGCGUUACGUGCGCGAAGAGGAAGGUCAAGUGUGACAAGACGGGUCCACCCUGCACGACUUGGCGGAAAGCCAAACUGGUAAAUGACUGUUAUUACCAAGAACCUGCUGCGAGAAAACGUAAGCGUCAGCCAGAUGAGGACCUUCAGGAUCGCGUCCAGCGCUAUGAGGAGUUGCUGAGGAAGCAUAACCUUCUACCAACGGAAGAUAAAGAGUCGCCCGUCGCCACAGACUUCGACAAGACUGCAGUAGCCGGCGUCUUUGCACCUGGCGGAGGCCCGUUGGCAUCAUCGCUUGCAUGGAAAUCUGGAGGCACUUUGCUCAAGGGCCUCGGGAAGACACGGUACAUUGACAGCAACAUCUGGCGGAAUCUUGGAGAAGACCUCCACCCUUCUUCGGAUGAGGAUGAUGUCGAUGAUCAGCAAGAUUCUACACCACCCAGUGCUGGACCUAUUGAUCCUGUAUCCGCCGCCUUCUUUGGACCGACAACAACAAAGCAGAGUCUCAUUGACUUGCACCCCACCUACGAUGUGGCCAUGAAACUGUGGGACCUGUAUGUGCGCAAUAUUGACCCUAUCAUCAAGCUUGUCCACGUACCAACGACCCUCGCACUUGUUCAACGAGCAGCAGCAAACCCAAGCAGUAUGUCCAAGGUCAAUGAGUGUCUGCUGUUUGCACUAUAUCACUUCGCAAUCGUGUCUACGUCAGAGCACGACUGCGAGGCCCUGUUCGGCCAGACGUGGAUUUCCCUUCGGAGACGGUAUCAUGAUGCAGCCAAACAGGCAUUGGUAGCUGUGCAAUUCCUCCGAACCACUGAGCUUGCAGUAUUACAGGCAUACAUGCUACUCCUGCUCUCUGUCCGCAACCAGUACGAUCCGCACACUUUCUGGAUCCUCACAGGCAUUGCAGUACGCAUAGCACAACGAAUGGGGCUUCAUAGAGAUGGGGAAGAGCUUGGUCUGAACCCUUUCGAUGUACAAAUGCGACGAAGGGUCUUUUGGCAGCUCUUACCACUUGACGGGCUGUCUGGCCACCUUUCGGGCACUGGUAUUGCUAUUGCCGCAGAUACUUGGGACACCAAGCAGCCGCUGAACAUCAAUGACAAGGAUAUAUGGCCUGGUAUGGAAAUUCGUCCCAUCGCCAAGAAAGGUGCAACCGACAUGAUAUUCUGCUUAGCACGUACAGAAAUCGGCAGAUUCCAUCAGAAACUUCGUCCCGCGCUAGGGAAUUGGGCCAAAUUGUGGGAGGCGAAGGAGACGCCUGCAAUUUUCGAAGCUCUGCAAGAGCUGGAAAACACAAUGGAGGAGGAGUAUAUCCGCUACUGUGACAUCUCCAACCCGGUACACUGUCUGACGAUAGCAAUGGCAAGAGCUGCCAUCAACUCUGCUCGCCUGCGAAUCAAGCUGCCCAAAGCACGCGCUGACGAGGCGAGUCUGGAAGAGAAAAAGGAGCUCUGGACUCUUGCUCGUCAAGUACUCCUCUCCAGCAUAGCUGUUCACCAGAACCAAGCAAUGUUACGAUUCCACUGGCACAUGAAGCAGUUCUUCCAGUGGGAUCCACUAAUCUGGAUCAUCAAUGAAGCUCGCAGAGAAGAACCCGCCAUCGAUCGUGCGACGCUCUGGGGAAAGGUGGAAGAAUGCUACAAUUCCCACCCCGAACUCCUCUCCAAUCGACGAUCGAUCGACGUAGCUCUGGGUCGACUGACGCUCCGCUCUUGGGACGAAGCGCGAUCGAGAGAGGCAACGUCAACUCCUGAUCCAGUAUUUAUCACAAAGCUGAAAGAGGUGUUUGGAAAGAGGGAGGCUUCGCGACAGAACACUGAACCACCGAUACAGCAGCAAGCACAGAGUGUUUUCGAUCCGAUGUUGGCAUGGCAGGAUAUACCUAUCGAGAACUGGCUGGACGCUAAUCCCGCUUGGGGAUACGCCAAUGACUCUUUCGUGCAUGGGGUGGAUGGUAAUGUUGACUGGCAGUUCUGGGAUCAGCUGGCACAGCAGCAGCCUGGUGGGUUUGGGCAGGGUUGA